UGUAACGGUCGCUGGCUGUGAGUCGUGUAACGGUCGCUGGCUCCGUGAGGAGGAGCUGUUUCUCUACAGCCAACGACAACCACGGAAAGUAACGCCGCUGCUCAGUCUUAAUGAAGCUGGUCUCACUGUCAGCUAAUGGCUCAGAGGCGACGGAGAAAGUAAAGUCUUCAUUUUAUCCACGUUUGGGAGAAAGUCUCCAACGGUCGCUUCCAACUGAAACACCCAACUGUAACUGUUAGACGACGCGGUGCGCAGCAGCAGCAGCAGCAGCAACGCCCCGGGGAAAUUAAGCACUCACUAUGUCUGAUGGGGACUAUGAUUACCUCAUCAAAUUCCUAGCCCUCGGUGACUCCGGCGUGGGAAAAACCAGCUUCCUGUACCAAUACACCGAUGGGAAGUUUAACUCCAAGUUCAUCACUACAGUUGGAAUAGACUUCAGAGAAAAACGAGUGAUUUACAAAUCAACUGGUCCAGAUGGAUCUUCAGGUAAAGGACAGAAGAUCCACAUGCAGCUGUGGGACACUGCAGGACAGGAGAGGUUUCGGAGUUUGACGACUGCGUUCUUCAGAGACGCCAUGGGUUUCCUCCUCCUGUUUGAUCUCACAAAUGAACAAAGUUUCCUCAACGUCAGAAACUGGAUGAGUCAGUUACAGGUUCACGCAUACUGCGAAAGUCCAGACGUCGUUCUGUGUGGCAACAAAUGUGACCUGUCAGAUCAGAGAGCAGUCAGUGAAGAAGAGGCCCGUGAGCUGGCAGAGAAGUAUGGAAUCCCAUACUUUGAAACAAGUGCUGCAAACGGCCAGAACGUCAACCAGGCUGUGGACGUCCUGCUGGAUCUGAUCAUGAAGAGGAUGGAACGAUGUGUUGACAAGUCCUGGAUCCCAGACGGGACUGUCCGAGCGAAUGGACCCACCAACCCAGACAUCUCAGAGAGCUCUGAUAGGAGCAAAUGUGCAUGUUAGAACGACGACGAGCCAUUUUGUUACAUAUCUGUGUCCAUAAUAGUGGUGAAAAAAUAGGAAGACAUCCAAGUUUAACAGUCGGAAAAACUUUUAUUUGUGUCCGAUGCCAAGUGCCUUUUUAAUAUGGGAAUUACAUUUCAAUUCAUAUAAUUCAUCUUUUAAACAAUUAAUUCAUAUCGGAGUGUGGGAUAUUUAUUUGUUGUGAUGCCAAGCUGAAAUGUCCAGCUUUAGUCAUCAGCUGAAUAUGCUGAUGGUCAGGGCAGCUCCUGCCAGAUGUGCUAUAAAUAUACUGUAUACUACUACUCUUUACUUGCUGUAAGGUUAGCGUAGAUUCACACUGCAAUUAACUCAAGAAAGAAGCCACUUCUGUUUCUCUCUCUACAGUCAGAUAAAUGUCGAUACCUGGCGUCACGGCUUGUUGCUGGAGAGAAAUCUGCUGUCGAUUAACUUUAGGUCGUUAAGUACCACUGAUGUAACCUCACCAGUGCCACUGCCAGAAACAAGGUCCAAUGUUAGCUAAGAUGGACAAUUAACACUCAUGUAUUUUCUUUUCUGAAUCAAUGUUUGGCCAAUAAUUGAUCCUCAACAGUUUGAUAAGAGGAAUACAUUUGACAUAAAAAGUAAAAACUGAGCAGUAACUCAGGAACCUGUUUAAUUCAGGUUGUUCAUCCUGCUGUAAAGAAAAAUGGAUAAAUAGAAUUUCUUAUGAAUGUAAAUGUACAAUCUUCCUGUAGCGUUUGUGCCCAUGUUGAUAUAAUGUAUUACUAGAUUUAAAUGUAUCUUUAAAAUAUUAAUUUUGGGGAAAUAUAGUCAGUGACAUAGUUCACACAGUUGCAUUUUAUAUCCAGUGCUUCACAUUUAAAAAAAGGAACUAUUUGGAGAUGAUUCAAACAAUUACCUGAAUGGUUCCUGCUUCCUUCCAAUUAAAUAUAUAGAAACUAUUGUCUGUAAUGACAACAUUGGAGGUUUUGGAUAUGAAGUCUGAUCUUCUGUCUAGAAACAGUUUCAUGACUCUCCUCUGCAGCUCCCGUAGAGUCAAACUUUGUUGUUAGGUAACACCAGCUAUGAGGCUGAUUAAUUCAUUAAUUUUUCAUCUUUAUUCACUUGUAACAACGUCUACUGUUUUCAAUUCCACAUGUUUUAAAGUAUACAGAUUUUCAGUCGUAGUGAGAUCCUAGAAACUCACACCUCAGGCCCCAGGAUCAUAACAAAUGAAUAUUAGUUAUUCCAUGGGUUCCCACAGUGUUUAAUAGUGGAGGUGUUGGUCCGCCUCACCUCACACAACAACCAUCUCUGCAACCAUCAUAAAAAAGGUGUUCACUUUUGUGAAAUGAAAUAUUCAGGGAACGUGAUCAGAGGUGCUAUUUCACAUAACAAAUGCUAUGUUUUUAAAGAGUGUGACUACUGUUCAGGCCGUCAUCUACUAAUAUAGAAUAUUUUACAAAAAGAGUAUUUACACCAAGUAAAACACUGAAAUGGUAUUGUGAGAAAUGUCCCGAUUGUUAUACUUUCACAAACAAAUCCACAUUAUUUGUAUUACACUGUCAUUCUUUCCUGCAUAAAAGGGUGAAUAUUAUGUUUUAGACACGAGUAUAUAUUUCCACUCACAGUUUGAACUCACAGAUUUAAAAAUCUAUUAUUAAAUUGAAUUUGAUUAUAUUACUAAGACUCAACUGAAAUAUUUCCUAUUUUUAAUUGUUCAGUUUCAUAUGCAAAAUAUGUAAAUGAUGUCCUAAAAUAAACAUUUUUAUUUAUGUA